GCGUCUCCCUCUCCGCCCGGCCCAAUCACAGAGCAUCCCGCGGAGAUUGAUGAGGGCGUUGCUAGGAGACGGCCGCGUCUGGUCCUCCAGAAGCAGGGACCGGAGGGGCUGGGGCUCUUGCCCGGGCUGCAAGUGGAGUGAAACAGCCGAGGGGGACGAGGCGCGCAUCAAAGUCUGCCUCUCCAGGGCUGUCACUCCGGAGCAGAAGCAACACGGGGCUGCAGCGGGAGGAAAGGCAGAUUUAGACCUCUCAAGGGCUACCUGCCGGUUUCAGCUGCCGGCCAUGCGAAGUUAGCCCCAUGUCCAUCCUGCUAGCCCAAUCCUAGGCAAGCGAUCAGGGGGGGGGGGUCGCCCGGAGCUCUGGAUUUGAGGGCGGCAGAGAGUGUGUGUGUGAGAGAGAGGCGAUAGGUUUGGAAGGGAGCAGCAGUCCCCAGAUGCGGGGCUGCAGCAAAGCGCAUCACUUGGGGACAGUGAAACUUCUCCGAUUUGGGGCUGUGUGGGGAAGGGUGGCGGGUGGAGGAGGAGGAGGGUUUGGGAAAGGGGGCCGAUCUCCGCUGCGCGCUGCCUCUUCCCGACGCCCCCUGGCCCCCACCCGUCUCCGCUCAGGCCAGCCUUGAUGCCCAGAGGGGCGGGGGGUCAGGGGGAGGAGGAGGAGGAAGAGGAGGAGGACCACCUUCCCCAAGGAAGAGGGUGCCGGCAUUUCCCCGGGGUGCCCCCACAGCUCUUUCGGAUCUCUAAGGACGCCCGCCCGCGCUAUGGUGACGAUGUGGAGGACCAGAAGUGCAGCCGCCGCCGCCAGCGAGCGUCGCCCGCCCGCGCCAGAGACUUGAUGGAAGAUCUGGCCGGCUUGCGCCUCCCUCGCCCAUGGCAUGGCAUUUCAUAUUGCCACACAAUGCGCUGGAAGGAAUGAAGGUCACUAGCACUCCUACAGAUGCUUCUUAGAGCUGUCAGAACAGGACCAACAAAGAUGUUUGCAAAGCUCCAUGUGCUUGCGCUGGCUUUAUUUUCCAAAGGAGGCUUCCUUUCUCUAGGUGACCACAACUUUAUGAGGAAAGAAAUUAAGAUUGAAGGAGACCUGGUUUUGGGUGGUCUGUUCCCUAUUAAGGAAAAGGGCAGUGGAGCAGAAGAAUGUGGGAGAAUCAAUGAAGACCGAGGUAUCCAGCGUUUGGAGGCAAUGUUGUUUGCGAUUGAUGAGAUCAACAGAGACAGCUCCUUGCUCCCAGGAAUUAAGCUUGGAGUUCACAUUUUGGACACUUGCUCCCGGGACACGUAUGCAUUAGAACAGUCCCUGGAGUUUGUCAGGGCUUCUUUGACUAAAGUGGAUGAAGCCGAAUAUAUGUGUCCUGAUGGGUCGUACGCAAUUCAAGAAAACAUCCCACUACUCAUUGCAGGAGUCAUUGGAGGUUCUUACAGCAGCGUCUCCAUACAGGUUGCAAACUUGCUCAGGCUUUUCCAGAUUCCUCAGAUAAGCUACGCCUCGACCAGUGCCAAGCUGAGUGACAAGUCUCGCUAUGACUACUUUGCACGGACGGUGCCACCUGACUUCUACCAAGCCAAAGCAAUGGCUGAGAUCCUACGGUUCUUUAACUGGACUUAUGUGUCAACGGUCGCUUCUGAAGGAGACUAUGGUGAAACAGGCAUUGAAGCAUUUGAGCAAGAGGCACGCCUCCGAAAUAUAUGCAUUGCCACCUCUGAGAAGGUUGGUCGCUCCAAUAUUCGGAAGUCCUAUGACAGCGUUAUCAGAGAGCUGCUCCAGAAACCCAAUGCCAAGGUGGUCGUCCUCUUCAUGCGCAGUGAUGACUCCCGGGAGCUGAUUGCUGCAGCCAACCGAUUCAAUGUUUCCUUCACAUGGGUUGCCAGUGAUGGGUGGGGAGCACAGGAAAGCGUUGUGAAGGGCAAUGAGCAUGUUGCCUAUGGCGCAAUAACUCUCGAGCUUGCUUCUCAUCCAGUUAAAGAAUUUGAUCGAUACUUCCAAAGCCUCACCCCUUACACUAACCAUCGCAACCCCUGGUUCAAGGACUUUUGGGAGCAGAAAUUUCAGUGCAGCCUCCAGAACAGGAAACCCCACAGAAAAACGUGUGACAAACAUUUAUCUAUCAACAGUUCCAACUACGAACAAGAGUCUAAGAUCAUGUUUGUGGUGAAUGCAGUAUAUGCAAUGGCGCACGCCCUGCAUAAAAUGCAACGGACCAUGUGUCCAAACACAACCAAACUCUGUGAUGCCAUGAAGCAUUUGGAUGGCAAGAAGCUCUACAAAGACUACCUGCUGAAAGUCAACUUUACAGCUCCAUUCAGUUCUUCCAAAUCUGCAGACAACACUGUUAAAUUUGAUAUUUACGGUGAUGGGAUAGGCCGAUACAAUGUCUUCAAUUUCCAGCACAAUGGUGGUAAAUAUGCCUACUUAAAGAUCGGCCAGUGGGCAGAAACUUUGACCCUCGAUGUUGACUCCAUCCACUGGUCCACAGAUGUUGUUCCAACUGCCCAGUGCAGUGACCCCUGCCAACCUAAUGAGAUGAAGAACAUGCAGCCAGGAGAUGUCUGCUGUUGGAUUUGUAUUCCCUGUGAACCUUUCGAGUACCUUGCUGAUGAAUUCACCUGCUCAGAUUGUGGACUUGGGCAAUGGCCCUCUACGGAUCUCACCAGCUGUUAUGACUUACCGGAAGAUUACAUCAAGUGGGAAGAUGCCUGGGCCAUAGGGCCUGUGACUAUCGCAUGCCUGGGCUUUGUUUGUACUUUCCUAGUUGUGGGGGUCUUCAUAAAGCACAACAACACUCCCUUGGUCAAAGCUUCAAGCCGUGAGCUUUGCUACAUCCUCCUCUUUGGAGUCUUCCUCUCCUACAGCAUGACCUUCUUCUUUAUUGCCAAGCCCUCGCCAGCCAUUUGCACCUUGCGCCGUCUGGGCCUGGGCACAUCGUUUGCCACGUGCUAUGCUGCCCUCCUGACGAAAACGAACUGCAUCGCCAGAAUAUUCAAUGGGGUGAAGAACGGGGCUCAGAGGCCUAAAUUCAUCAGCCCACGUUCUCAGGUCCUCAUUUGCCUGAGCCUUAUCAUGGUGCAGAUUGUGGUGGUAUCUGUAUGGCUGAUUUUGGAGGCCCCGGGCACUCGUCGAUACACCAUCCCUGAGAAAAGGCAGACUGUCAUAUUGAAGUGCAAUGUCAAGGAUUCUAGUAUGUUGAUCUCCUUAAUGUAUGAUGUGAUCCUUGUAGUCUUAUGCACUGUGUAUGCCUUCAAAACAAGGAAGUGCCCAGAAAACUUCAAUGAAGCCAAAUUUAUUGGUUUUACAAUGUAUACGACAUGCAUUAUUUGGCUGGCCUUUCUGCCAAUCUUUUAUGUGACAUCAAGUGACUACAGGGUUCAGACCACAACCAUGUGCAUCUCCGUAAGUCUCAGCGGCUUUGUUGUCUUGGGGUGUCUGUUUGCCCCCAAAGUGCAUAUUGUCCUCUUCCAGCCACAGAAGAAUGUGGUCACGCACAGGCUGCAUCUCAACAGGUUCAGCGUUAGCGGAACAGGAACCACUUAUUCCCAAGCCUCUGCUAAUGUGUAUGUGCCAACCGUCUGCAAUGGAAGAGAAGUUGUGGAUUCCACCACCUCAUCUCUGUGAUCAUACAGCUGGCGCUGGCAUUCCUAGACAGCUGGGAAGAAUUGCACAUUUCUUGUGGACUCUGGAAAAAGAACAAUUUUUUUUAAAAAAAAGACUAGCUUUUUUUUUCUAGAAACAGUGUAAUAAAUUAUUUUUGAGGACUGUACAGUAUAUAGUGAUGUUCUUUUUAGAACAAAUUUAGAGCCUUCUGUGAUUAACUGUUCUAAGGGAUGUUGCUGUGCCACCAUGUUGACUCCGCAGUGAGCGGAAGGUCAGCUGCCAUGUUUGGUGGCUUUCUUUCUAAUGAGACUUUUUGUAAUUCCUUGUUGUAAUUUACUUAGACAGCAUUUCUAUGUUGUAUAUUAUGGUUACAUUCUGUGCAACAAAUGGUUUUCACAGCUGUAUUAAUUAAUGUAAAGUUGUCAAUAAUAAAACCUGAAAAGCUUUUCAGCAUAAUUGCCCUUUUCCCC